UGGGGCCCAUGGGGUUGGAGGGGCCAUGGGCGAGGAGGGGGGGCUACAGCCGGCGGGUGGUGGUGAACAGUGUGCCCAUCACGGACGCGGCUGUAGCGCGGGCAGAAGAACUCGCUGGGCCCAUCCACCCGGGCAGCUACUGGUACGACGUGCAUGCUGGCUUCUGGGGAGUCAUCGGAGGGCCCUGCCUUGGGAUCAUUCCGGCGGGCAUCUGGGACCUGGCCCUAGCUCCCCUACUCCGCCACUGCUCCAGCGGGCAGACGCUCGUGCUGGUGAACGGGAGGGAGCUGCAGCGGCAAGACCUAGACAUCCUCAUGCAGAGGGGCCUGCUGGACCACCCGGGCGCGGCCUACCUGCUGGACAUCCAUGGCAACCUCGCAGAUGCCACGAAUGGAGAACCCCUGCCCUGCCUUGGCAAGCUGGCUCCCUCACUCGAGCUCAAGGGCAGGGGGGCAGGGAUGUUCGUACCCAAACAGCCAACGCAGGGGUGAUACUCUCAACUCUGUAACAUGUCUAGUGUGCAAUGAUGUUCUCAGUGAGGCACGGUCCAAAAUAUUUUUAUUUGUAAAUGGAGCACAAUUUCAUCCAGCAGGCGGAGAGGUGGAGUGGAGUGCACCUCGGGCAGCAUGCUGGGUCUGUCGGUGUGCUGUGAGCAGGGCCCUAGAUAUCAGCCUUUUUACGCUGAUUCAGCCUUUUUUCAGACAUUUUGUUGGUACCAAGGCUGAACACUCAGCCUUUUUUGUUUAGUGGGCCCUGAAAAAUCAGCCUUUUUAUUUGUGU